AGUCGUGGGAGAAUUAAAUUCAGAAAAUAAGAGACAUGAUAUUUAAACAUCGAUAUAAGAACACGUAGAUCAUUCCAAACCACAUCCAUUCUCUCUUAUACCACUCGAUCUCCUCCCAUCUCUUUUGCAAAUCACCUCCCACUUUCCUCCCCCAAUAAGUUCCAGACUCUCUACAAUGGCUGCAUCCUCUGCAUGCAUAGUUGGAAACGGUUUAUCCAAUCGCAAACACUUCCACCUCUCUCCAAGCUUACCAUCUCUCGAUAAAACUCCAAAACUAAGAGUCAUAACAGCCUCUUUAGACAAAAAGCCACACGACCGAAGAGGCUUCCUCAAACUACUACUCGGAAACGCCGGAAUCGGAAUCGCAACUCCGGCUUUACUAACCGCCGGAAACGCCUAUGCCGACGACCAAGGCGUUUCCAAUUCCAGAAUGUCCUAUUCAAGAUUCUUGGAAUACUUAGACAAAGACCGUGUCAACAAAGUCGAUUUAUUCGAAAACGGGACAAUCGCAAUUGUAGAAGCGGUAUCUCCGGAAUUGGGAAACCGGGUUCAACGAGUCCGUGUCCAACUCCCGGGUUUAUCCCAAGAACUUCUUCAAAAAUUCCGUGAGAAAAACAUCGAUUUUGCAGCACAUAACGCGCAAGAAGAUUCCGGUUCUCUGUUGUUCAAUCUAAUCGGGAAUCUCGCAUUCCCGUUGAUUUUAAUCGGCGGUUUAUUUCUCUUAUCCCGGCGUUCCCCAGGCGGAAUGGGGGGACCCGGUGGGCCCGGGAAUCCUCUCGCAUUCGGCCAAUCAAAAGCAAAAUUCCAAAUGGAGCCAAACACCGGAGUCACAUUCGAUGACGUGGCGGGAGUUGAUGAAGCAAAGCAGGAUUUCGUGGAGGUGGUGGAGUUUUUGAAGAAACCGGAGCGGUUCACGGCGGUGGGUGCGCGGAUUCCGAAGGGGGUUCUUCUCGUGGGCCCGCCCGGGACCGGGAAAACUCUUCUGGCGAAGGCGAUUGCGGGGGAAGCGGGGGUCCCGUUUUUUUCGAUUUCCGGGUCGGAAUUUGUUGAGAUGUUUGUUGGUGUUGGGGCUUCGAGAGUGAGGGAUUUGUUUAAAAAGGCAAAAGAGAAUGCUCCGUGUAUUGUGUUUGUUGAUGAGAUUGAUGCAGUUGGGAGACAAAGAGGAACUGGAAUUGGAGGUGGGAAUGAUGAAAGGGAACAGACAUUGAAUCAGCUUUUGACUGAAAUGGAUGGAUUUGAAGGGAAUACGGGUAUUAUUGUUGUUGCAGCUACUAAUCGUGCUGAUAUUCUUGAUUCUGCUUUAUUGAGACCUGGUAGAUUCGAUAGACAGGUAAUGGUUGAUGUUCCGGAUGUUCGAGGAAGAACUGAGAUCUUGAAGGUUCAUUCUGGAAACAAGAAAUUUGACAAGGAUGUGUCACUUGAGGUGAUUGCUAUGAGAACACCUGGAUUUAGUGGAGCCGAUUUAGCAAAUCUAUUAAAUGAAGCUGCUAUUUUAGCUGGAAGAAGGGCCAAAACUGCAAUUUCAUCAAAAGAAAUCGAUGAUUCCAUCGACAGAAUUGUGGCUGGAAUGGAAGGAACCGUUAUGACAGACGGAAAAAGUAAAAGUCUCGUUGCGUAUCAUGAAGUGGGCCACGCCAUUUGCGGAACUCUAACACCAGGGCACGAUGCAGUGCAAAAGGUAACCCUAGUCCCACGUGGUCAAGCUAGAGGUUUGACCUGGUUCAUUCCAGCAGACGACCCCACGUUGAUCUCCCGCCAGCAACUCUUUGCACGAAUUGUCGGCGGACUUGGCGGCAGAGCGGCGGAAGAGGUGAUUUUUGGUGAUUCGGAGGUGACCACCGGUGCAGCCGGUGACCUACAACAGAUCACCGGUCUCGCAAAACAGAUGGUGGUGACAUUUGGGAUGUCGGAAAUCGGGCCAUGGUCACUAAUGGACGGGUCGGGUCAAAGUCAAGAUGUGAUUAUGAGAAUGAUGGCUAGAAACUCGAUGUCUGAAAGGCUGGCUGAAGACAUCGAUUCAGCCAUUAAGAAGCUUUCAGACAGUGCGUAUGAAAUUGCAUUAAGUCAUAUUAGAAACAACCGGGAAGCCAUGGACAAGAUUGUUGAGGUUCUUAUUGAGAAAGAAACAAUGGGUGGGGAUGAAUUCCGGGCACUCUUGUCGGAAUUUACUGAAAUUCCGGUUGAAAAUAGGGUUGCUCCGGUGACUCCAAGUCCGGUGAGUGUAUGAUAUAGGGUAGUUGAAUUAUAAUGUGAUUUGUAUUAUAAAUGUUGAUCAUAGUUUUGGCUUUGGUUAUUUGGUGGGAAAUUGUAAUAUUUUAACUACAAGUAGUUCAUACAUACACAAAUUAAGUUUCUACUUGUAACCAUAAUGGUCAAAGUACAUUAUGUUUUAUUUUUUGUA